AGGAGGUCAGGUAGUUGACCCAAGGCCCGCUCUCUCUCAACAUCAUGAUGACCUUUCACCUCUCUAAGAUAUUUGUGUGCAUCGUUUUUAUCCUGUCUAUAACAAAGGCAUAUAAGACGGAGGACCCUAACCCUGGAAGCAACCUGGAGAGGGAAUUUAAGGCGCUGUCCAUGGAUCUGCUGCACACCGUCAGGAGAACCGAUUUCAGAUGCCCCACUGUGUGCACGACCAUACUCACCAGCACCUGCCAAGGCGAGUGCGAGCGCCGUGGUCUACCGUCGCUUCCUUGCCGUCUGUUCUGCUAUUCGUCUCAAGUCACCUGCUGUCAGUGCCCCGAGUUCUGCCACUUUCCGUUCCAAGACUGUUACGCGAGGUGCCUGCUUCAAGACACUGCUUGUAAGGACAGAUGCAUUCAAGCUGUCCAGUCUUGCUGCUCCUCCUCUGGGAAGUAGAUUAUAGAAAACGGGGGCGGAGGUAGGGGUGACUGAAGCUUAUUAUUGGUGGGUGAUCUGCAACCGUGAAUACAGUUAUGUGUUGCUAAGUAGCGUUAUGUUUUGGCACUUCCUUUGGGUUGAAUUUCCUCUUUUUUUGUGAAUUUAUAUCUUAUUAAUUACUUCGCAUGUA